AUGUCUUUUUGUUCGGACGGCAUGUGCGAAUAUUUUUUUAAAUUAUUUAUGUCCGAAUUUAAUAAACGACGUCGAACCAGAAAGGUGAAGACCGACGUCUACGGGUCGGACUCUGAGAGCGAGACAGAGUCCGGCAAGACGAUGGAUAUGGCGAAAUUCGAGGAGGAGUUGGAGGUCGAGUCCGGAUCGGAGUCGGAGGACGGAAAGAGCUCCGAGGGAGUGAAAAUAGAGGCUUUCAAUUUAAAACAGGAGAUGGAUGAAGGGGUGUUUGACGAAAACGGCAACUAUGUCAGAAAGGAGGAAGUGAGCGAGGACGAGGAGUGGCUCGAUGACGUGAAUAAAGAAGAUAUCAAAAAAGCACAGCUGGCACAGGCUCAGCAGGAGGCUGAGAGGAAAAGACAACACAAGGCCAAACGGGACCGUCUGGGCGGUGCGGACCUGGAUGAGGCGAUAAUGGCAAUUGUGGAAUUGACAGAAAAAACGGAAUCUAUAAUGGAGCUGCUCCAACGGCUAAAUGGUGAAGCCAAGAAUUUCAAGAAACAGGGCCAAUCAACACCGGAAAAACAAGCUCGCGCACAGAUUGCACGGGUGAUGGAUUCCGUUGAAGUGCUGGAAACUCGGUUUAAUGGGGUGUACGACUUGACACGUGAAGAGCUGUGCCGAAAGCUGUCUUCAUCUGCUGUGUAUGAGCGCAAACGCAAAAGAGAUGAUGAAACAGAUAGUUUAGAGGAACAGGUUCCAUUAUGGGAGUACAGAUGGUUGGGAGAUACGGAAAUACACGGACCCUUUGACUCGGAAACCAUGGAAGCGUGGCGUGAGUCGUAUUUUUCGGAGAACCCUAUUGAAUUUAGGAAGGGAGACGAGCCAUUCAGAUUGCUCGACAGUUCCACAAGAUUCCUUUAG